ACCAGUUGAUGCCAGAACUGACCCGCGAACCAAAUUGACCGGUGGUGAAAGUAAAAAAAGAAGAAAAAAAAACUUGUGAAUAUUUUGAACCUAAAAAAAAGUAGAAUGAAGAUUAUUAGGAGGAUAUAUAUUAAAAGAAGACAUACUGACAAUACUUACACACAUGAAGACACUCCUUUGUGUGCUUUAUAUAUUCCAAUUUCAAUCCACAUGAGCACACACAAAUUAAGAGGAGUUAGUUAGAGCCUAGAGGGAUAGAGAAAGAGAUAUUGAGAGUAGCAUAUUUUAAACUCCCAAACCAACAUCACUAAACCGACUAAACCGACUCAGGUGGGUUAAAAUGCAUUCUUUUUUGAUAGAUUUUGUUUCAUUUAAUAUUUGUAAAGUAGCAUGAAGAUAAUAACAUUAUAUUAGUUUGAGUCAAACUGGACUUAAAUUCUUUAGGUAAAUUUCAGGUUCAAGUGUUGUGGAUUGAAAAAUCGUAGUGUAAAGUAGUAGAGUAUACAAAAAGUGACCAACAAAAUUUUUCACUAAAUAUUAGUCAUCGGUAAAGUUUGGAAAUAUAUAUAUACCAACAAUGAAUUGGUUCAAGUGUUAAGCGUUUUGGUCGCUUUAAGUAUGUGGUCACAGAUUCAAUUUAUGACUUAUAUGGAUCUGGAAAAAAUUCGACUGGGAGGGGAAAAUUCACCUUGUGUGCCUCACAAAUUCUCCGACAAAGAUUAAUCACUGUUAACGAUGAUAGAAACUUCGUACCAAUAUAUAACUCAAAAAAAAGUUUGGGAAUAUUUUGCACCUAAAAAAAAGUAGAAUAAAGAUUAGUAGGAGGAUAUUGAGGAAGAUACUGACAUUACUCUUUACACACAAGAAGACACCCCUUUGGCCCUUUGUGUGCUUUAUAUUUUCCAAUUUCAAUACAGAUGAGCACACACAAAUUAAGAGGAGUUAGAGCCUAUAGAGGGAUAGAGAAAGAGAUGCAAGCCUUAUGGUUGUCCUUGAAAGACAAUGUCAAAUGUGGUAACAAGCUCACUGAUGUAAUAAGGAUGCCACCAAAAUUUGGUAAAGGAAGUAGCUAUGUUCCAGAAAAGGAGGACAAAUUCAACAAUGAUGAAGAUGAAGAAGAAGAAGAUUAUGUCCCCUUCAUGAAAACUCCAGCUAGACUAGCUUUUUCCAUGCCAAAAAACACACAAGCACGCCUUUAUGAGCUUGGUAUUGGAGAUCCAUCAAGAAAAAUUGUUGAGAUGAUAUUUCAGAAAGCAUGGAUGAACACAUCAAAGCCACUAAGGAAGGUUAGAACAGUUCUUAGAGUGAGAUAUUCAGAAGAAGUUCUUCAAAGAUUUGAGAACUACAGAGAAAAAGUGAAGAAACAGUAUCCAAGACAUCCAAGAAGUACAGUAGAUGGAAAUGAAUUGUUGAGAUUCUUUGUUACUACAAUGAGAUGUUUCCCUGUGAAGAAAGUUCAUGAUCUAUGUCAAGAUCCGUCGUGUCGUUUUUGUCAAAUAAUUCAAUUCAAUUUCGAUGCGGAAAAGGAAGAGAUUCAGUUGAGUAAUAGAAAAAGUGUGAAUGCAAGAGUGAAGAAUGUGAAAAGAGUUUCAAUAGUUUGCAGAAUAAUUGCUGGAACAGCAGUGAAUGAAGUUGAUGGUAAAUAUGAAGGGUUUGAGAAUGAUUCAAAUAAGCUAGGUGAAAUGCAAUUUAGCUUAGAAAGAUUUGUAGUGAAAAAUCCUAGUUCUAUUCUUCCUUGUUUUGUCAUAAUUUUCACCUGACAAAUAAUUGUAGUUAAAUUUUGUCACUAUUCUUUUUUUAUCUUUGGCAAAAUUCAUUGAAUGUACAAUCCUGCUUAAAGGAACCAAAUUUUUCAUGUAAAAUGUCUGUUUGGAUCGACUUAUUUGAACUUAGUACUAUAAGCACUUGCGGGAA